UUGCAUGUAACUGGGAAAAAAUAAAAUACUGAAAAAAAAAAGAAAAAAAGCACUUUAGAGAUAAUCUAGUUCAACUUCAAUAUACAGAGAGCUUGUUUUCCACUCCUACUGUGUCUCUUCAGCUUUCAGAUAACCUUUACUAAGCAGGCCAGUGAUGCCAGAGGAUGUUACCAGAGUCAUGGCGUGACAUAGCUGGAUGUUUUUCUUUCCCCAAGGAAGUUGCAAGAAAUAUAGUUUGUCUAAUAGAAACAGUAAACACCUCGAGGGCAGAUCCUCUCAAACAUAUUUUGCAUUUCCCCGGGCACUUAAAAGUAAUGGUAUUUGCACAGUGUGCAUUUAAUAAAAACUCUUCAGAUGGUAUUGAAUGCUCCUUAAAGGAGGAUAGCUCUACUUUUAUCAGUCUUAUAACCUGGGAAGUGGGUAAGGAUAGUUGAGGAAGUCCAUGUCACCUCAUUUCCACUCUAGUCCUUCACAUAUUUCCUUCAUCUGAGCCAUGUGAGCUUCCUGGCUAUCGUAUUUUCAGCCCCCCUCCUGUUAGGAGAAUCCACUGGUUUAAAAUUGCCGCGUGCCGCCCCCCCCAGAGUUCGAGGAAGUGACACCAACUUCAGAACAGUCUUUGUUCUCGACCGACCAAGAAUUUCUGUUUUUCAUAUCUUGCCCCUUUGUCUCUUAGAUGUCACUGACCCAAACAGAUCCCCCCUCCCACGAUGAAACAACCUGCUAAGCUCUCAGAAUCUCCAUGGAAUCUUUGUUUAGAAACCUAUUUUAAAUGCUGAUAUCAAAGAGUUGCUUUUCUCUUCACUUCAAAUAAUGAGUUAAUAAUAUUGUCACUUUCCACCAUUAGCCCAGGAAGGACAUCUUUGCUGGCCAGCUCCUGUCCUUCCUUGCUGUGUGUCUGCUGUAGUGUUCCAGUCAGGAACAGAUUGGCCACAGAAUUUGUUACCAUUGCGCCUGACCCCUAAGAAACCGUACUUAAUGUCAUUUGCCUUUCCCCCACUCUGAACCUGGGGUUCUUAGGGCUAGCUAAGUUAGGACAAACUCCAAAUACUUGAGGUACUUUGGGAUUCAGCCCACAUUUUCCACUUUAAAUGGUGUGUGCACCUUCUAAAACAAAUUGGUCUUCCAUCACUUGGGUUGUGUGAAAGGGGUCCCUGAGAAAGGGCUGGAUAUCAAACAAUAUUUGGAAAGAUUGGGAUGGUACCAAGUUCUAAGGUCAUCCAACCUAGCACAUGCCUGGGCACCGAAGUGUGGGUUCUCACCUGGCCUGAUAUCCUUACAUCCACUGAAAGCUUCAGGCUGUAGAUGCUGAACCAGGAGGUUAAGUAUUGCUGAGCCAGCUCGAGGAGAUAGCUGGACUUGGAGAUGUCCAGGACUUCCAGGGUGCAAGACCAAAGAUUGUCUUUAUUUGUUUCCAUGGAUUUCCCUGCCUUUGAGGGCGAGCAAAGAAUUUCGCACAGCUCCUGCUUGGCACCCCCCUUCUCUCCCCAAGUGGAGGUGGUGCUGCUGGGGCUUUAGAGCAGCUUAAGAGCUGACUCCGCCCCCGCAGGUUCCCCCCUCCUUCCUUUGCUCUGCUUGCCUCCUGCCUUUCCUGUGUUUGGGGUGCUGCAACUGGGAGGGAAGGCGCGGAGCCCCCCAGGCCCGCCUCCACCCCCGCUCGCCACACAGUAUGCCCUGCAGCACCUCCGAUAUAAAGAGCAAUCGGGCUCCUCAAAGGCUCAGAGCGUGUGGUCGCUGGAAGAAAGGGUACUACAGCUUGUCCGUCGUGAGUCUGUCCCAUUUGUCCUCCCCAAUGCCUUCCCCCGGGAAGCUAGUGGCGGCUCUCCUGGCCCUUGGCCUCUUGCUGGUGCCACCCAGUCACGCCUGGUACAAGCAAUCAGCCGGACCCAGCUACUACUCCGUGGGCCGGGCGUCAGGGCUGCUGUCUGGCAUCCGCCGCUCUCCAUAUGCCAGGCGCUCUGACUUGGUGCAGGACAGCGGAGACACUGGAAACAGCGCCUUUCCUGAGCCUCGAACCAGCCUUCGGAACCUCGCGGUUUGUGUGAAGGACAUCACCCCGAAUCUGCAGAGUUGCGAGCUGCUUCCAGAUGGGCUCGGGACUUUCCAGUGCAAGGCAGAUGUUUUCCUGUCUCUGGACUCGGCUGACUGUCUCAGCACCUGACGUUUCCUAUCCCCAGCAGACCCUGGGAGGAAAAUGGAGAGCUGAAACCUCGACAUCCCAGCCCACCUCCUAUCCCUUCUCACCCAAAAAUGAAUAAAGUGAAAAAGUGAGACCA